CCGCUCAUUCCCCGCACAUGCAGCGCGCAGAGCAGGAUGAAAAAGUCAGCGUCGGCCUUCGUCGUCGUCCUGGCCGCGACAUUUUGGGCGGCGGGUGACGCCGGCGACGACACCGAGACCGCCGCCGGCACCACCGCGACCCCUGGGCUGACCUCCACGGCGAGGUGGACGACGACGCUCGGAGCGGAGAGGAAAGAAAACGACGAGAAGGAGAAGCUGGCGCUGGCUUGUCCUCCCCUGGGUCUGGAGUCCCUGAGGGUGGACGACACCCAAAUCCAGGCGUCCUCCUUCCAGAGGUUUGGUCUGGGUCCUCACAGAGGCAGGCUGAACAUCCAGUCGGGCAUCGAGGACGGCGACCUGUACGACGGGGCCUGGUGCGCCGACUACAAGGACCGUCACCAGUGGCUGGAGGUGGACGCCCUGCACCUGACCCGCUUCACCGGAGUCAUCCUGCAGGGCCGCAACACCAUCUGGAGACGAGACUGGGUCCAAAGCUACAAAGUGCAGCUGAGCAACGACACCAUCAGUUGGAAGAGCAGCAUGAACGGAACGCAAGAAGCUCUCUUCGAGGGCAACGGCGACGGCGAGACUCCGGUGCUGGCCGUGCUUCCGGUCCCCGUGGUCGCGCGUUACAUCCGCAUCAACCCCCAAAGUUGGUACCCCGAUGGAGACAUCUGCCUCCGAGCGGAGAUACUCGGAUGCCGCCUGGACGAACCAGAAGCCAGACCAAAGGAUAAGUUGGAUUUCAGGCACCACAACUACCAGGAGAUGCGAAAGCUGAUGAAGUCGGUGGCGGAGGAGUGUCCCGACAUCACUCACAUCUACACCAUCGGGAAAAGCCACAUGGGUCUCAAGCUCUACGUCAUGGAGAUCUCCGAUAAUCCGGGCAAGCACGAACUCGGCGAGCCAGAGUUCCGCUACGUGGCCAACAUGCACGGAAACGAGGUCCUGGGUCGCGAGCUGGUUCUCAACCUGAUGCAGUACCUGUGCCACGAGUACAAGAGGGGCAACCAGCGCGUGGUGCGCCUCAUCACCGAAACUCGGAUUCACCUUCUUCCCUCCAUGAACCCGGACGGCUACGAAGUGGCUUACAGCAAAGGCUCCGAGCUGGCCGGCUGGGGCGAGGGACGGUACACCUUCGAAGGAAUCGACCUGAAUCACAAUUUCCCAGAUCUCAACACCAUUAUGUGGGACGCCCAAGAGGUGGCGGAGGACCCGUCCAAAGUGCCCAACCACUACAUUCCGAUUCCAGAAUACUACACUAAAGAGGACGCCUUGGUGGCCUCGGAGACACGCGCCGUGAUCAGCUGGAUGCAGGACAUCCCGUUCGUGCUGGGGGCCAACCUGCACGGGGGGGAGCUGGUGGUCACGUACCCGUUCGACGGCACCGAGGGCUGGGCCCCGCAGGCCCACACGCCCACCGCCGACAACGCCUUCUUCCGCUGGCUGGCCACCGUGUACGCCUCCACCAACCUGGCCAUGGCCAAUCCCGAGCGCCGCCCGUGCCACUACGAGGACUUCCAGGUGCACAACAACAUCAUCAACGGCGGAGCCUGGCACGUCGUGCCCGGAAGCAUGAACGAUUUCAGCUACCUGCACACCAACUGCUUGGAGGUGACGGUGGAGCUUUCCUGCGACAAGUUUCCUCACGCCACUGAACUUCCUGUCGAGUGGGAGAACAACAAGGAGUCGCUCCUCCUCUUCAUGGAGCAGGUCCACCGAGGCCUGAAAGGGGUGGUCCGCGACAAGGAGACCAAGAAAGGAAUCCAAGACGCCGUGAUCAGGGUGGAGGACCACGAGCACGACAUCCGAUCGGCCGCCGACGGGGACUACUGGCGCCUGCUGAACCCGGGCGACUACAAGGUGGCGGCGUGGGCCGAGGGCUACGUCCCGGCCGUGCGCCACUGCCGCGUGGGCGCGGAGCCCCGCGCCACCGUCUGCGACUUCACGCUGACGCGGACGCCCGCCCAGCGGCUCAAGGACAUCCGGGCCAAGGGCGGCAAGAUCCCGCAGGACCUGCAGCUGCGCCUGCGGGCGCUGCGUCUGCGCAAGCUGCGCGCCAGCACCAAGGCCAUCAACCGGCGGCGAGAGGGCCAGCGGACGCAGCCGCGGCAGAACCGGAAGGCCCGAUCCUUGCCCUUGGCGUUCUGAGGUUCGCUGGGGGGGCCACAUUAGGUUUCAUCUGAUGAUGCUGUCCGAGUGUACGGUUACUUUUUUAUUUUUCCUAAUUAUUAAUUCAUGGAGGACUACUAGGGCCAGGUUUUUCAAUACUGUAUUAUUUAGUAUAUUGUAAAGGAAGAGGUUUUUAAUUGAAAAAAAAAAUCGUCUUGUGCGUACCAUAAAAAAAAAAAAAAAAAAAAAAAACAUCUUAUACAUAAGGACAUUUCUCUAAAAACACUUUUUGGAAAAAGUACUUCGAUAGGCUCAAAUCUCAUACGACGAGAUUUCAAAUUCUUUGCUUUUCUUGUAAAUUCCAAAUCACAGAAAACUCAACGUUUUUUUUUUCUUCAGGAAAUCUCAAAAAAUGAGCACACGAGAUUUUGCGAAAAAAUGGAAUCCUACGACAAUAAAGCAGUCUUUUAAUCAAUACAGAUGAAGAUGAAUGUUAAUAUUUAAAAAUAAAUCAGACUCCAUGCUUAAUGUGAGAGUAAAUAUUACUAUAUUAGUAAUUUCAUGACAUCUAGCCCCUUCUUAAACGAUUUCUUUUUUUUUUUUAUAUUAUUCUAAGAAUAACAACGUAAUCUGCAUAAUUUUGCAAGUAGAAUCUCAUUGCAUAAUUGUACUUUAUGGCCGUAAUAUUCCUUCUUUGGAACUGUGACGAACGAGUGAAAGCAGACAAAGCGAACGUCGUCCACGCGUGACGUCGACGACAAACUGUAUGAACGUUUCGUUGUUUUUUUUGUUUGUUUGUUUGUUUUCCCCUGUCAAAAAGUGUCAGCUGGUCUGAUGUACAAUUGUUGUUUUUUUUUUUGUUUGUUUGUUUUCCCCUGUCAAAAAGUGUCAGCUGGUCUGAUGUACAAUUGUUGGUUUUUUUUUUUUACAUUGAUUCACGUCUAACACGACCACACUGGCUCAAAUAAUAAUAUUAAUAAAAAUAUUCCUUUUCACGUA